GAAUUAUUUCUCAAAUAUUAUGAGUGAUGCAAAUGCACAACGACGUAUCUGCUGUGAUUGUGUUCGGUGUUAGUAAAAAUAAACCUCAAUAAUAACACUAACGCAAAAAAAAAAAAACAAUAAUUUAACAAAAUUUAAAGUUGCAGCCUAACAUAGUUUAAAAAAGAUAAAAUUCGGCAAAAAACUAUUAUAUAUUAUGUGGCGCUACUGACACAUCAUAGGUGUGCACCACCAACAAGUUUUCUCUGCAUUAUUUUAGUGAAAAUUUCCAGUAAUGUGUUAGAAGGCAAGUGUGCAUUUUCUUUGUGAGCAAAUAGCGAAGUCAGCAUAUCGCAAUAAUUUCUGUAAUGUGUUUAUUACUGUCGGAGCUAACAAAACAAUGUUAAAAAUUUGUAUGUAUAAAGAAAAAAGCUGUAUGUCAACUCGAAAUAAAUAACAUAUUCAGCUAUGAACACACCAUUAAAGCCGGCAACGAAAUUAAAUAUAAGUGAAGCCAAAACAUUAGAGACGUUCGAAAAAAUAUCACCAUCCGUUGAGACAUCUUCGAGUACUGCAACAAUUGAGUCCAUUACAACACAAAUUUCUUCCAAAUCCUCAUCGCCAUUCAAUGCUUUAGCCUUUAAAGAUACUUCGAAGCUCUCACCAUUAUCUGAAGCUACAGUACCUACUUGUGCUGCGGAUUUAAAUACAAAUAAUUUAUUAAAGUCUCCAAUAUCGUCAGGAACAAGGUCACCAAUUGACAGUCCUUUACUUCCAUAUUUGAACGAUACAAAUCACCAUAAUAAACAACAGCUCCAACAAAGGGACAACAUUUUUAAUAAUCGUUGCGAAAAUAUGCUAUCAUCAUCAAGCAACAACAAUCAGCAAACCCCUCCCAUUAAUACUACAGGAGGAACUGCUUCGCUACUUGCCAGCAAUGCAUCAUCACCAACUAACAGUAUUAAAAAUAUUAAAUGUGAACCUUUUUCAACACUGUCACCGCUUAAUGACAGCGUUAAUAGCCAGAAUAUGUUAGAUGAAACGCCAAACAACAACAAUGGAAAUGGUUCCAGUACUGUUGCAGCGGAUACUACACUUAAACGUGAACGAGAUUGCUCCACAGCAUCCGCUACUACAACAACAUCAAUUAUGCGUCAAAAUUCGAACAGUAACAUUAAAUCGUGCUCGAACCCCGUCAAUGCUUCCUCACCAAACAAUGGUAGUGAUCACUCGAAUAGCAGUAAUAUAUCAUCAAAUUUGUCACAAGCAAUAGACAGUAAUGCAGAUAUCCUUCAAGAACUUAAUAACCCAGAUAAAUGUGGUAAUAAGAAGAAAUCAAAUUUGAAUAGUUUAGCAACUGUGAAAGAAGAAGAUACGGGUGUAAAGUCGUUGGACAAAACGGGUCUAACCGGUUCUUCAACGAAAAAUGUGCUGUGCCCAACGCAAGCAAUAGGCUCAUUGUCUUCGGUAAAAGAAGAAACGGGCGGUAUGAAUAAUUUGAUGAAUGUAAAGAAAGAAGAAGGAAAUGUUUCACCUGAUAUGUCACCGGCUGGCUUUGGCUCAAUUACCAACUUGUCUGGCAGUAAUUCCGUGGAGGUCAGAUCCUGCACACCAGUGAAACAAGAAGAUGUAACAAACACGAAGAGCAUUACUAAUUGCAACAAUAAUAACGCGAAUUCUAAUAACAACCAUGAAAAAUUAUCCUCUGUAUUGGGUUCUAUUAAUAAUAAUGGUUCCAUUGCAUGUGCAGAAGAUACACUUUCUGCAACUGGACUUACUCCCUCACUUGUAAACACAACGAGCGACUCUUGCGUUGGCGCGCCACACCAUACAACUGGAAAUAUAAUCAAUAGUAACAAUUCUAGUGGUGGCUCCAUUGCAAAUUGCAUGGAGUAUAUGCAGCAACAAAAUCAUAUUUUUGUCUUUUCAACGCAACUGGCAAAUAAGGGUGCUGAAUCAGUUUUGAGCAAUCAGUUCCCAACAAUAAUCGCCUACCAUUGUACUCAACCAGCAACGAAGAAUUUUCUUGAAGACUUCUUUAUGAAAAAUCCCAUGAAAAUAUCCAAGUUGCAGCGUCAAAAUACACUCAAUUUAUGUAACAUAUCAGUAGGUCCCGGUCAACAAUGGGUUGGUGGUUGCAAUCCACUACCGAAAAUGUCUCAAAAACCCAAUGGCAAUAAAAUUAAUUUCUCGGCUAUGACCGGCAAUUUAGAAAGCAAGAUACCGCUUCGACAAUCAAAUAUUUCUAAUUUUAAUGACGUGUCGGAAACUUUGGGUAACAAUGAAAACGACCUAAUGUGUUGGGAGCAGACGCGAAAUAAUCUAGAAGGAACGUCAAAUGACGGUCAUGCAGGUUUAAAAAUAUCAAAUGGCGUUGAUGGUGUAGGGGGAGGACCACACGCUGGCAAUAAAUCCCAUGGUGCUGCCGAGGCGGCCAGUGUGAAUAACGAUAAUAGUAGUACACCGUCAUUGCAAGGUAUUAAAGUGCCGGAUGAAAAUUUAACACCACAACAGCGUCAGCAUCGUGAAGAACAGUUGGCCAAAUUAAAGCAAAUAGAUCAAUUUUUGUCUAACCCCUUACAAGGCGCCAGUCAGUUGGGUAAAUUAAGUGCUGACGGUGUGCCAGGAAAUCUUGCCGGCCUAAUGCUCAAUUUGCCAAAUGCAGGCUCAGCUGGAAUUGGACCACAAAUGAAUAACCAUCUGAAUCCGAACAUCCGUAACAUGCCUACCAAUCACAAUAUAUGCAAUCCCGAAAAUAUGCCAGCGGCAUUGGGUGAUGGAAAUAUUGCUCCGCCAGAUAUGCUCAGUGUACAUGAAAUCAAUAAUUUAACAAAUAAAUCAAUGCAACUGAACAAUCAAACGAAUAUGCAAUGUGGACGCAAUGGCAUUGUGGGCGUAGCCGGUCCCAAUGUUAGUGUUGGAAAUAUGCCUAACAAUUCAUUACCUUGUCAUUCUGGAGCAAAUAGUACGGGAAGUGGUGGUGGAAAUGGUAACAUUAGUGGCUCUAGUGGACUUAUGCCAAAUUCACCUGAAAUUAUGAACAAUUUUAUUGGAGAAGGAAAUUUGAAUAGCAAUUCUGUUAAAGUACUUGGUCCGGGCGCUAUGCAUUCCCAGGAAAUGGGUCAAGUCGGUAUGGCACAGAUGGAGUGGUCCAAAUUGCAACACCAGUUUUUUGGAGAACGUAUAAAAGGUAACAAGGGUCAAGGGCCAAGCGAUGUCGGUUGUAUUCCAACAACACUUUGUCGUUCCAAUUCGGCAAACAUGCGGCCGAAUAUAAGCGGUUCUUGUGCACAAACUGCAACUACAAAUAGUUGUCAGAGCAUGCGUUCCACACAAGGCCCACCGCCACCAUAUCACCCCACACAGCGUUCGGCGUCAGUACCCAUUGCAACACAGUCUCCAAAUCCAGCUAGUCCUAACAACCCGACAUCAAAUCUAUCUUUGCCAUCACCACGCACAUCAGGCGCUUUAGGGAUACCGGCAAACUCACCAAAUAUGGACGUACAUGUGUCGACUAUGUCAACAACGCUGGCAGUUACUACAACAACAUGUACAUUAAGCACAGCAAUUUCAAAUGCAAAUGGUCAAAGUAAGAGCAAUUUUCCACCUGAUGGUUCGCCAACAAGCAGUUGCACAAAUAGCAGUAAUACAAAUGCAAAUUCGAAUAGAAACCGUAACAAUCAAGUGAACCAAUUCAAUAGUAAUCCAAGUACGCCGCUAUCACACUUAUCGCCCAAAGAUCUGGACUCAUUUCAUACAAAUGUACCAGCAGUUUUGACAGGUGAUUUAAAAAAUGCGCGCCCUAGUCCACAAAGAGCACGCACUCCUUUGAUGGGGCCCAAUAAUGGUAAUACUACUGAUACCGGAAAUAUGGAAGGUCGUUUCCCUUCUGCCAGCCCUGGUUUAAAUUUCCCUCAACAUAUCCCCAACGCUUCAAACUCGAAUGCUGGCCUCAACAGCUAUAAAGGACCGGGCCAAAUUGAACGUCAAAACUCAGCUCCCGUAGCUUCACAGUUCUGUCGUCGCACAGACAAUCUCCCAUUGAAUCCCAAUAGCAACCGCCCAACUCAAAAUAAAUUAAAUCAUUCGUUUGAUCCAAUAUCCUCAUUGGCGCAAAUGUCGCAGCAGCUGACAAGUUGUGUGUCACUUAAUGCGGGUGGUGUUGGAAAUAAUGGCGGGGUCGGAAAUAUGGGCGUUAUUGGUGUGAAUGAUGUAAAUGUACCGAAUAAUGUGAAUCAAAAUUUAGAGAGCAUGAUGGCGUCAAUGGAUUCGGGCUUAGAUCACUGUAAUGCUGGUGCAUCUGGUAAUAUGGGAAUGCCACCACAUAUGAGCGGUCCUGGACCCUUUAUGCCAAAUAACUGUCAUAUUAAUUCUAUGCUGGGUUCGAUGGGGCCACGUUUACUUAAUCCAAAAAUGUGCGGAGGUUUUAAUCCAGCCAGCGGUGGCAUGGGUCGUGACGGACCUGGUGGUUUGCAUGGGGUAUUGCCAAAUCAUCGUAUGAUGAGUCGCAUGCCCAUGAAUUUUAGUAAUUUUAAUGUCUCACCCAAUAUACAAGUUAAGGCUAGUACGCCGAAUACCAUACAGUAUAUGCCAAUACGCGCUCAAAACAAUGGCAGCAACAAUAUGCGUGGGCCACCGAGUCUGGAAUUCUUGCGUUACGCAAAUCCACAAAUGGCCGGCGCCGGUAGUAUCAUAGACAAUAGUCACAUAGGUCAGGGCAAUGCGGGUUCGUCAGCGGAGCAAAGUAAAAUAAAUAAUUGUAACAAUGGACCGGCAGGUGCAGGCAACACAAGCAUUCACUUUUUUGGCAAUUGCAAUCAGAUGGGUGCAAUGGACCAGGAAGACAUGUCUGGUGCAAAUCUGAUGAGCGGGCAUGAAAUGAACAUGGGCCCACAAUCUUCAAUGAUACGUGGCAUGCGACCCAUCAGACAACAUAUGGGCCAUUCCGGCAGUCAUAUAGUACCUGGUCCCCGUAUGCAAGCGCCAGGUGUACCCGUAAUGCCGCCUGGUCAUUUCUCCAAUGGUCCACAGGAUCCUAUGGAAUGCGGUGAUAAUUCGAUGUUUAUCGGAAAUAAUGCUAAUGGCAAUGGGCCGGUACAUGGGCCAACGCAGGGGGUUAGCGGUGUGCCAGGACAAGGUCAGAUGUAUCCAGGUGGCAACAGUCAGCACAAAUCCAAACCAAUGAAUGCAAACAACAUAUGCCAAAAUAUGAACACCACAAAUCUUGGUAAUAAUGGUCAAAUCUCUGCAAAUGCUAAUCUACUACCGAAUGAACAUAAUACGUCGAUGCAAUCGCCAGUGAAUGGACCAAUUAUGAUGGGUAAUAGCAAUAUGCUCUCAAAUGCAAUGCAAGUUGGCAAUAGUUCGUCGCCUGUCGGUUGCGGUGGUAAUGGCGGAAAUGGCUCUGGUGAUGUGGGUAACGUUGGUUAUAAACCAUUCGUUGGCCCAGCAUCGAAUGAUCUUAAGUAUGCGCAACAGUACCACAGUUUUCAGCAACAAUUGUAUGCAACAUCGACGAGAAGUCAACAAAAUACCGGCAAUGGUGGCAAUGCCUCGACGAAUCCCGCUUUCUUUGUAAAUAAGUAAUUUAUAAAACUAACAAGUUAUAACUGUAUUUAAAAAAUUUGCUCGCUUCGUCUGAAUAAAACCCAACACUUUAGCUUACAUAUGUAUAUCUGUAUGUAUGCCGUUUAAAUGACUGCCCCUGUGAGUAUUUUCGGCUUCCUUUAGUAUAUAUGUGUAAUUAUUUAUAGGUUUUUUGUAGUUUAAAAAUACGAUUAAAAAGUGCCGUUACUAAAUUGAAACUUAUUUUAGUUUGAAAAACUUGUCUCCGAACAUUGGAACCAAGCAAGGUGUGAGGUUAGAAACAAAAUAGAAAAUACCAUUAAACUUGUAUGUGAAGUUUAACACACACUCCUAAGAAUCAUAAAUGCAGAAAAGAACUUCUAACUAAGCAACUGUAUGUUUAAUUCGCAACAAAUAUCGGUAUUUACAAUUAUAAUUUCUUUAUAUUAUAUGCUUGCAAAAUAUUUUUAUAAACAGGACAUAGUUUGUUAGUUUAAUUAGUUUCGGAUGAAUGUCAAGUGAACAUAUAACAUAUAUGUAUUUAUAAUUAUAUGCAUUAACCUACAUAUUACGUAAUUUCAAGGCAUUAAAAAAAGUUGAAUACACACACACAUAUGUUUUGUGUUAUGAACUUUUAUCGUUAAGACCAUUGUCAAGAAAUGUGAAAUAAAUUAUGCGUUUGCAUAUCUACUAAACAAA